AUGUUGCGCAAUGAGGAGUAUCACUCCUCUUUAAAGGCUUCUCCAUUUUACGUAUAUCACGGACGGGAAUCUAAUCGUGUGCUGUGUAUUCCAAACAGGGAUUUCAACUCAAACCAAAACAACACAGAUAAUAACAAUGUUCACAGUAAUGAUUUUUCUCACUAUUCGUUACAGGAAGUUCAACUUGAACCUCAACUAACAGAUUAUUCUAGUGAUUCGAUUCUCCACCUACACCUAUCCACCAACGACAGUUCGUUAUCUCCUCCGGUCAGCCAUGUAAACAUAGGGCCUUCGGCUUCUUUUCCUGACAACGAAUUAUUUCAGACUGCAAAUGACCACAUCGAUUCUCCUGUUCCGCCGACAUUGGAAACGCCGACUUUGCAACCCUUUUCCCCAACAGCAAUCUCCGACACAAACAAUCUGAGCUCCACAGAGAAAGACAGGUUAUUUCCCCCAAGUCUUAACUCAUCAUUUUAUUUAUCUCCACCUUCUUUAUCUCCAAUUACAGAUAGGAUAAACGAUUCAAAUUUAGACAAACAGCCACCAGUAUUAUCACCUGUCCGAUUAAGGUCUAACGUGCGACCCCCUAAAAAGUUUACACCAAGUGAUUAUGUCAGGGCUCGUAAGCAAAUUUUUCCGGAAACAGAAAAUGUAAACCAAAAGCAAUUCACUGAUUUACCUUACUUCAUUCAGCGUCAUAUUUUAUCCUUUGUAAUAUACAAAAAUUUUAACAUGUUUUUGACUUUAAUAAGGGUUUCAACACACUUCAAGCAUUUGCUAGGCACCCUUCAUAAAUUGUGUCCUAAAGUAUACUUAAAUGAAAAUGUCAUGUUUUUAUUGGAAGGUAGGUCAGUAUUCGCAGAGGGCGUAAGGCACAACUGGUCUGUUCGUCAGUUGGGCCGUGUGUCGGGUUCGGGUAGUGGAGUAAUGAUGGAAUUACGGAAUAUAUUGCGACCGAUUUCUUCCCGGUGGAUUAAUGGUUACAUCGAGAUACUGGCAACAGCAAUCGCCGGAUGGUAUUAUAUUGUCGAUUUUAAAUUUAAAAAGUAACGGAUAAAACGUGAAAAAUAUCCUUGUAUAUACGCGUUCAAUAUCGUGCUUAUUAAUUUAUUAAUUUUCAAACACUGUCAGUAUAUGGUGGUAUGGCCUUUUUUCUCUGAUCAGGCUUCCAGUUGGAGCCACCAUUCGCGCCAAACACAUCAUUAGGGAAAAUGUGGUACGACCUGUCUCCUUAUGAGCUGGUUUCCAGUUGGAGCCACAUUCGCGCAAAUCUAGGUUAACAUG